AUAUACAUAUAUAUGUACACACGCAUACAUGUAUAUACAUAAAAUACAUAUUAUAAUGCUUCUGCGUUUGGCAACUGAGAUGCUUUGGUGAGUGUCUUUUUUCAUUCCUAAAAACCUGUCACGUUGGCUCUCACAGAGCCUUGUGAUACCUGAAGAGACAGGCAAUGGGAUAAAGAUCAGCAUUCUGGGAAAAGGUUCCACAAUUUUAUGAAUCAUACACCAUCUGUGCCCGCUCUUUUAAAGAAAUGGGAGGAAUCAGACAACGACCUCGGCUUUACAUCUGUUCUCCAAGAGGCCCCAGUUGUUUACUACUCUAAGCCGCCCCAGGAAAGCUCCAUAUCAAUUAAUCCACCGGAACAGCCCGGGGUUUGAGGUGGCCCCUGGAAUCCGGCCUCCCGCCGCACCUCCUCCUCCAAACAGUCCCUUCCUUCCGGCCGGAGGCUCAGGGCUCCGCCCACUUCCGCAACUGCGAAGCCACCGCCGGAAACACCUGGCUUCAGCCAAUAGUCAGCUUCCCGGGAAAGGUUACCUCUGACCUCGGAGUAAUCAGAGACAGUAGGACGCACCCCUCGCGAUAGGUGAGGUUGAAGCUGCCUCCGCCAUCUUGGAGAUGGGAGACGGGCGAUGGCUGUGGUCCUUCUGCUAAUGCAAACAACAAAACGGGCACACUAGUCACCCCCGAGGGAGGCCACCAUCACUGUAACUGUUGGCCAAAGCUACAAAAGAAACGAGGGUGUCCAACCGAACGCGGCGACACUGAAAGCAGCUUCCCCUGCCUUCUGCGGCGGCAGAAGUGAAGUGUCUGAGGACCGGAAGGAUGGUGCAGUCCUGCUCCGCCUACGGCUGCAAGAACCGCUACGACAAAGACAAGCCAGUUUCUUUCCACAAGUUUCCUCUUACUCGACCCAGUCUUUGUAAAGAAUGGGAGGCAGCUGUCAGAAGAAAAAACUUUAAACCCACCAAGUAUAGCAGUAUUUGUUCAGAGCACUUUACUCCAGACUGCUUUAAGAGGGAGUGCAACAACAAGUUACUGAAAGAGAACGCCGUGCCCACAAUAUUUCUUUGUACUGAACCACAUGACAAGAAAGACGAUCUUCUGGAGCCACAAGAACAGCUUCCCCCACCUCCUUUACCGCCUCCUGUUUCCCAGGUUGAUGCUGCUAUUGGAUUACUAAUGCCACCUCUUCAGACCCCUGUUAAUCUCUCAGUUUUCUGUGACCACAACUAUACUGUCGAGGAUACAAUGCACCAGCGGAAAAGGAUUCAUCAGCUAGAACAGCAAGUUGAAAAACUCAGAAAAAAGCUCAAGACCGCACAGCAGCGAUGUAGAAGGCAAGAACGGCAGCUUGAAAAAUUAAAGGAGGUUGUUCACUUCCAGAAAGAGAAAGACGACGUAUCAGAAAGAGGUUAUGUGAUUCUACCAAAUGACUACUUUGAAAUAGUCGAAGUACCAGCAUAAUAAAAUGAAAUGUGUAUUGAUUUCUAAUGGGGCAAUACCACAUAUCCUCUUCUAGCCUGUAGAGGAGUUUCAUUUAAAAAAAUAACACUUGUUACUUAUAUAAAAACAGUUCAGAAUAUUUUUUUAAAAAGAAUUCGAUAUAUACUGUAAAAUUAAAAAUUUUUGUUUGUAGUUUCAGGUUUUUUACAUUUUAACAAAAUAUUUUAAAAGUUAUAAGCUAACCUCAGACCUCUAAGUUGGUUUCAAGAUUGGAGAUUUUUGGGUUUUUUUAGUAUUUAUAGAAAUAAUGUAAAAAUAAAAAGUAAAGAGAAUGAGAACAAUGCAGUAAAGGGGUGAUUUAAGUUUAAAACGUAAUACUGUUUUAUUGAGAGAACUAGUUAUAUUUUAAAUCAGAAGUAUGGGUCAGAUCAUGGGACAUAACUUCUCAGAAUAUAUGUAUAUGUACAUAUUCUCAUAUGUAAAGUCACAAGGCUCAUUUAUCUUUCAGAAUCAGUUAUCAAGGAUAAAAUGGCAAGUCAGUACUUAAAAAGAAAAAAAAAUUUGAUUGUCUACAUAGCAGAAAAGUCAUUCCAUAUCAGAGUGGAUUUUUUUUUUUUUUAAGUGGGCUCCUAGUUUUUCUCCUACCGUCCUGUCUAGCAUUAUAAAAUUAGAAGUGUAUUUUCAGUGGAAGAAACAUUCUUCAAUAAAUAAAGUAAGGCAUUGUUAUCAGUGAAGUAAUAAAAACUGAGGCCUGAUCUAUGAUAUGCUUUUUUCUAGGAUAUUCAGUCCCCAACUAUAGUUAUAGAUCUGCUUCAAGUCUCUGACAAAUGUGUUGUGCUAGUAGAGUUUGAUUUGUAUCAUAUGAUAAUCUUGCACUUGACUGAUUUGGGGCAGGGCUUCACAUAAAAAAAAUUAUUUCUUCACGUUUAACACAAGUUAGAAAUUAUAUCCCAUUUACUUAAAUGAGUGAUUUAUAUUCAAAAGCAACCUACUAUGUAGUGUUUAUUUUGCUGAAUGUUGAGAUUUAAACACUGAGGUUUCUGUUCAAACUGUGAGUUGUGUUCUGACUUUGUGAGAAAUUUUACAUAUAUUUGAAAUGAAAAUAUGUUCCGAGUAAACAAAUAUUGCUAUAGGAGUUAUCUAUUUAGAUUUAGAAUUACUGUUCCAAUGAUAAUUAUUACUUCUAUAUUUCAGAGUACACUAAGAUAGUUGAAGAGUAAUAGACCUUUUAAGACAGUAUUAAAGGUGUGAAACAAUGACGUUCAAAGUGUCUUUUGUAGAACUGGUUUUCAUUGUAAUUCACUGCCAUGCUGCCAGUGGAUAGCACUGUGAUUCAUGGAGAUUUGAUGUAUUAAGAACCAGUAUCUCAAAUAUAGAAAUAAUGAUUAGAAAAUUACUUGAAGUUACGUAGUCUGAUAACAUCAUUUAGAACUAAUGCUAAUCAAUCGGAAGACUUUUAUAGGUUAUUCAUGGAACUCAUAACUGUUUUUAGAAGAUACAAAGUAUUCAAGAAGUUUGGUUUUAUAUGUCAUCUUUCUAGCAAUUCCUGGAAAGUAUUCAGGAAUAUUUAGGCUUAUUCCUAAAUAUCCUGAAAAGUAUAUACCUUCAACCUAAAUACUCUUCUGCAUAAAAGACAAAUACUGUGUGUGUUUCCCAGAACGAAGAAUCCAGGUUAGAUUAUAAAAAUAGAAACCAUAAUUACUUAGCAUCUUAGCAUUGUUAUUUAACCUCAAGCUACUUUCUUUUCACAACAGACAAAUCCCCAUUUGGAGAGAACUGAGCAAGCAGCAUGCAUAGCAACUGCUUUCAUUUAAAUAAUUUAUAGUAGUUAAAACAGAAGUUUGAGGUGCAGGUACUUAUUUCUGAAUUGUCUAUUGUAUUGUUUAUAACAUUGCCAAGAAAAGGUAAAAAUGGGUUCUGUUCAGGCAUGGUGAAACAGUCUGACACAAAUGCAGGGAUAAGGUCUCAAUCUUUUAAUGCUGCCUUAUAAUGCAAAUCUCAAGGUCACUUGAAAUGCUGCUUGGCUUAUCCCAUUCCAAUUGAAGUUUUAAGUUUUUAAAAAGUAAUUUAAAUGUUUACUAAUUGUAUACCAGUUAUGUAUACUAAAAAUAAUUCUGUUGUUGCAGUAAGAACAUAGCAAAACUUGGUACUUGGAAAUCCAAGUACAUGAGGGGAUAUUUUUUUUUCUUUCAGCUAUAAUUUAUAUGAUCUCUUUCUUAGAAGUAUAAUAAUAAUGGUGAUGGCAAAUGAAAGUUUCACAUGAUAGGGGCUUUUUAGCUUGUGUUAAUAUUCCGUGAUCAUCUUUUAGUACUAAAAAAGUAUACAUGUGUUGCCAGGCGUGGUGGCUCAUGCCUGUAAUCCCGGCACUUUGGGAGGCAGAGGUGGGCAGAUCGCCCGAGGUCAGGAGUUUGAGACCAGCCUGGCCAAUGCAGUGAAACCCCGUCUCUACUAAAAAUACAAAAAUUAGCCAGGCGUGGUAGUGAAUGCCUGUAGUCCCAGCUGCUCAGGAGGCUGAGGCAGGAGAAUCGCUUGAACCUGGGAGGCAGAGGUUGCAGUGAGCCAAAAUGGUAAUACUGCACCCAGAGUGGGCUACAAAAUACAUAUAUAUAUAUGUAUGAGUAUGUGUACACAUGUACAUAUAUAUAUGUAUAUGUACAUGUGUACACAUACGCAACAUAGCUUUUAUAAAGUUGGGAGUAAGCAAUAUAAUAUAUUUUAAAAUCCAUUUGUGUUCCAGAAUUUUAAAAAGAUAGUCCACUCUGAAUAGCAUUUAAAGAAAAAGAAUAGAUUUUCUUGCUUAGUUAUUACUCUUCCUGUUAUUUGGAUGAGUAAUGUAUGUUGGAUGACCAACCAGUAAGUGAAGAACAUCGCUCUUGGCUGAUGGUAACUAGUGUUGCUUGGCAUUAUGAUUUUAUAUAUUCUUGUGUCUUAAAGUACAAUCACUCACAUGAAAGAAAAAGAUUGAAGAGGAAACAGCAGUGCUUUGGAAAUAAGCAAAACUAUUAAAAGUAAUUGAAAAAUUUGCUCAAGGUAACGUUCUCUUACAAUUCUAUGUCUUUUUAAACCUUCGAUAUAGUUUUAUUCUACUGAGAUUUUUCUGAAUGAUAAAUAUUUUUUAAAUUAAAAA